AAAACAUUCUCCACCUGUCGUCUCUGCGGGGAGUCCUCCGCUUCCACUCGCAUUCCCUGAGCCACCUCCUCCUCCUCUCCUCCUCUUCCACAUUAGCUAUCGUCGAGGAAGGGGUAGGAUUAGGGUUGGUUUCAAUCAUCUCCCACUCUAUCUCAAUUUCUCUCUCUCCUCCUCUCGUCCUCCCCUUCCUCCCCAUUCCGUCACCAUGGCAACCGAACCCGUCUCCAUCUCCAUGCCCCUCUUGAGAGUCAACCAAAUUUGUCGACAAAGCCUAACAUCGUCGAUCUGGGAGACGGAGGAGAAGGUGCCCGCAAUGCCGGAAGGGGAAGCCGUGGCCGGAGGCAGAGGAGGAGAAGGGAAGAUGGCGAUGGAGAGAGAGCACGACCAGGAGGACUUGACCCGGGAGAUGCUGGAGAUCAUCGAUUCGGUCCGGUCGUUCGGCGACUUCCGGCAGACGCAGCGGAAGGAGUGCUUCAACCUCGUCCGCCGGCUCCAGCUGGUGACUCCCCUGCUCGAGGAGACUAAGGAGCUCGAGACCCCGAUUUCUGAUGCGGCGUAUGAGAAGCUGUGCGACCUUGCGAAGGCAUUCGCCGAUGCCAAGAAGCUGUUGAGAUGCUGUUAUGAUGGGAGCAAGAUCUAUCUGGCACUAGAAAGUGGGGUAGUGGCGGGCAGAUUUCACGUCGUCUAUGAAAAGUUGAAUCGUGCAUUGGCUGGGAUGCCGUACCAUGAGCUCGGUAUUACAUAUGAAGUGAAAGAGCAAGUCGAGCUAAUGAACAUGCAACUUCAAAGGGCUAAGAGGAGAACAGAUACUCAAGACAUGGAGCUGGCUAUGGAUCUGAUGGUCGUACUCUCUGGCGAGGAGGAUCGGGAUGUAGAUAGGGCAAUAUUAGAAAGGCUGGCUAGUAGAUUACAGCUACAAACUCUCCCAGACAUAAGAGCAGAAACAAUGGCUGUAAAAAAGCUUAUCAAAAAAAGAAGUGGGCAAUAUGCUGAAAGUACUCAGCAGAUCAUAGACCUAUUAAACAGAUUAAAACAAAUUGCCGGUAUUGAAGACAGUAAUGGGCUAAGUGAAGUUGCCUUGCCUAAAUAUUUGGAGAAAUGUCCAUCUUUGAUGAUUCCUAAUGAUUUCCUUUGUCCAAUAUCUCUAGAGAUCAUGAUGGAUCCUGUCAUUGUUGCAACAGGGCAGACAUUUGAAAGACGAAAUAUACAGAAGUGGUUGGAUGCUGGCCAUCGAACCUGCCCAAAGACUAGGCAAACUUUGGCCCACCUUUCGCUGGCGCCUAACUAUGCCCUUAGAAACUUGAUUUUGCAGUGGUGUGAGAAGAACAAAGUUGAAUUACUAAAGCAAGAGGCGGAUCUUGACUCUGAGCCUGCGGAUCAUGAAGAAGAAAUAUCCUCACUAGUCCAGGAUCUUUCUUCCAUACAUCUUGAUAAGCAGCGAAGGGCAGUUAAGAAGAUUCGCAUGCUUUCCAAAGAGAGCCCUGAUCACAGAAUUGCAAUUGCUCAGAAUGGAGGCGUCCCUGCCCUAGUCAGUCUUCUGACCUAUCCUGAUUCUAAACUCCAAGAGAACACUGUGACUGCGUUGUUGAACUUAUCAAUAGAUGAAGAGAACAAACGGCUUGUAGCUAAAGAAGGAGCCAUUCCUGCUAUUAUCGAGAUUUUGAAGACAGGCACUGUGGCAGCUAAAGAGAACUCAGCAGCAGCUUUGUUCAGCCUAUCUAUGCUUGAUGAUAUCAAGCUGAUGAUUGGGAAUUUGGAUGGUAUACCUCCAUUGGUAGAUUUAUUGCAAAAUGGGACAAUUAGAGGCAAAAAGGAUGCUGCUACUGCACUCUUCAAUUUGAUUCUAAACAAUAAGAACAAAGCCAGAGCUGUAGAUGCAGGCAUCAUAGCACCUCUACUUCAAGUACUGGGUGAUAAGAACCUGGGUAUGGUUGAUGAAGCUCUCUCGAUUCUCUUUCUUCUAACAUUACACCCUGGUGGGCGCAAUGCAAUAGGACAGCAAUCAUUCAUUCAAACCCUUGUAGAAUUCAUCAAGGAAGGGACUUCCAAAAACAAGGAAUAUGCGCUCUCUGUUCUUCUAGAACUGGGAUCACAUAACCCAUUGCUCUUAUCGGCUGCACUCCAGUUUGGUGUUUGGAAUCACUUGGCUGAGGUGGUAAAUAGUGGAACUGACCGAGCUCAAAGGAAAGCAAGGGCCCUAAUGAGCAAGUGUGAACAAGUACAAUGAAGCUUGGGAAGUCUCAUUGUCUGGUCACCUUUCUUUUUCCUUCACAUGUGAAAGCAGCAAAAUGGAUGUAUUUCUCGUGUUAUCGAAUGCUUUGCUUUCAGCUUAUAAUUUGAUAUUUUGAAGACGCUUACUUCCAAUUCAGUGUCAUAUAUUUUCAAGUUAUACUUGCUGCAGUUCUCUCGAA